UGUAGUUUUCUGGGACCUGUCAUAUCCGCAGUCUCUGGUCAUCUCCUGUACUGUGUCCGCAGUCUCUGGUCAUCUCCUGUACUGUGUCCGCAGUCUCUGGUCAUCACCUGUACUAUGUCCGCAGUCUCCGGUCAUCCCCUGUACUGUGUCCGCAGUCUCCGGUCAUCUCCUGUACUGUGUCCGCAGUCUCUGGUCAUCUCCUGUACCGUGUCCGCAGUCUCUGGUCAUCUCCUGUACCGUGUCCGCAGUCUCUGGUCAUCUCCUGUACCGUGUCCGCAGUCUCUGGUCAUCUCCUGUACCGUGUCCGCAGUCUCUGGUCAUCUCCUGUACCGUGUCCGCAGUCUCUGGUCAUCUCCUGUACCGUGUCCGCAGUCUCUGGUCAUCUCCUGUACCCUGCAGUCUCUGGUCAUCUCCUGUACCCUGCAGUCUCUGGUCAUCUCCUGUACCCUGCAGUCUCUGGUCAUCUCCUGUACUGUGUCCGCAGUCUCUGGUCAUCUCCUGUACUGUGUCCGCAGUCUCUGGUCGUCCCCUGUACUGUGUCCGCAGUCUCUGGUCGUCUCCUGUACUGUGUCCGCAGUCUCUGGUCGUCUCCUG